AUGGUGGUGACAGUUAUUUUUCCAUUAUUAAGAAGAUCUCCUUUUCAUAUUGGAUCUCAAUUUGUGGUACGUAAUCAGUUUAGCUUCACAUUUUUAAGAUAUCAAUACACUUUAACUAUUUCAAAGACUUUAGCAACCAGAUACAAAAAUAAGGAAAGAAGAAGAAUAAAUGGUCUAAAAAGAACAACUUGCACACUUCAAGGUUAUAAAUACAAUCCAAAUAUAGAUAUAAUGAAAUUCCAAAAUAAGAAAAGACAAAAAAUAUUUAAUUAUCUACCGAUGCCACGUGUUGAAAAUGUCACAUGUAUAAACCCACAUGAAUUAAACAUGCAAAUACUGUUGAAUGGUUAUAAACCGUUACCGUUUAUACCAAGGAAAGACAUCGAUCUCACUGAAUGCGCAAAUAAUGACAAUAACAGUGCUACUAGUACCACCAGUACUACUACUGAUAACAGUAAUAAUUACAAUAAGAAUAAUAAUAAUAGUAGUAUUAGUAACAUUUGUCCUACCACAAAUAAAACCACGAUGCUUGAAAUUUCAUUAAAUUUGAAUAAUCUGUUGUCUAGCAUAUCAUAUAACAAUGACAGAAAUAUAUGGAUGAGUUCUGCUACUGGGAUGGAGAGGUAUGAUGAGUGGAAUAAUAUUCCUUUAGAUAUAAUAAGUAAACUAAAACCAUAUGUACCUCCAUGUGACUUACAAAACAAACAAAACCAAGAUAAUUUAGAUAUUCAUAAAAUGGAUCCACAUGGAUUAUUGCAACAACUUUGUGAUGCUAUAUAUAAAACUUAUAAGCAGCAGAAAAAGUAA